UCAACCAAUCAACAUUCAGCAAUCGUUUCCGGUACAACGGGAAGUCUGUGGGGUGAAGGCACGGGGAGCGCAUCUCGAUGUUGUCCAGCUGUUCUUCUGGUUAGAACUCCAUCAUCUGAAAUCUCAGGGACGUUUCUUCAUUUUUUGGAUCAAGGAAAAUUUCAGCCUGUCAGAUCAGAUGUCUUCAAGAAGGAAACCUGCGAAUGCUGCAGCAUUUCUGAUAAUUCUGAUGAAAGUCUUUAGUGGUCUCGGUCUCUCGUGCCAUCAAGGAGAGUAUCAGAUAGGAAAUGAAUGCUGUCCAAAUUGUCUUGCAGGAAAUCGAGUGAAAAGUCACUGCACUGUAGAGUCAAGUACUUCCUGUCUGCCCUGCAUGACUGGAACCUACACUGAUCAACCUAAUGGACUGGAACGAUGUCAUCACUGUACAAACUGUGACUCGGGUUCUGGUCUCAGAAUAAAGACACCGUGUACAGUAACAUCAGAUGCACUCUGUGAACCACUGGAGGGAUUCUACUGUGUCCACCCUACAGGACACAGCUGUGAGAGAGCACAGGAACACAAACACUGUAAACCAGGACAGUACAUCAGUCAGAAUGGAACAGCCUCCACAGACACUGAGUGCUCUGACUGCAGCAGUGGAACAUUUUCAAAUGGAACAUUUCACUCCUGUCAGCCACACACACAAUGUCACUCACUCAACCUUCAGCAGAUAACAGCAGGAACAUCUGCAACUGACUCUCAGUGUGGAGAAAAAAAAGAUGUUGUAAAAUGAUGACAUCCGAAGUGUGGACCAUCAUGAAGGACAAUAGACAGGAAACGAUCGGCUCUCUGCAGAAUAAACCUGUCCUAGAAGGAGGACGGUGACAGGUUGUGUUUGCAGUGGACAGAAAUAAAGAAGCUGAGCGUCCUGCAUCGCUCCGGUCUGGAUUAUGAUGAUUCAUAAUUCAGUUCAGGUGCUUCACAAACAAAAGCAAUUCCUUUGAAAAUCAUCAAAUACAAGGACUGCACUGAAAACACGUGAGAAUUCAGCCAACUUCAGUAAUUCUCAAAACAUGGCUGCUGGUUAGUUUUCCACCUGUGUUUACGUCCAAAGAUCUACACAUCUGUAUGUUUCAGCUUUGUCCUUCUGUCACAACAUUGUUCAUCUUCAUCUUAACUUCCUGCUAGCUUCUAUCAUGGUUAAAGCUCAUGAGUCAUCGGGACAUCCAACAAUGAUGGUGUUACUGGAGCUGAGUGAAGUUUGAUGGCUUUAUUAUCCACGCUGUGACACAUGGCAGCUGUCACAGCAGAACACAUGAAGUCAGCAGGUGUGUUUAAAUUCAGGCUCUGCUUCAUCUGAAGAUCGAUUACAUCACACCAAGGCGACGAAGCCCAUCCAGAAUCCGAGGCUCCUACAAACGUGUCCUCCUUUCCCUAGAUUUGAAGGACAAGUCGGUCCACCCGAUCCCAAGAUUCAUUGCAGCGUGGUAGUGGAACAUAUAUUUUGGUCCAGAGAUGGAGCAGCACUCUCUCUCUGAGUCUCUGAUGCUGUUUUAUGUUUAAGUCUGGCUUCAGUUCAAUCUAAUUUAGCUGCUAUGACAUCAGAGAGUGUAGGGAAGGAACAGCCACACCCACAGGUGACAUCAUGCAGUUUGUGUUUUCACCUUCAGAGGACGACAAAUCAACACAGACAGAGAGCUGCAUUCAGACUUUCCAGCCAUCAGUAAUAACUUCAAAAAUAAUCAUCAGUGUUUCAGCAGUUAUGAUAUCAGAGAUAAUCUAGAUAUGUGUGACAAUACUGAACAUGACACAUGACACACGACACAAAUCAUGUGAUCCACUCUGACUGCACCUUCAUUCAUGACUUCAACAUGUUGAAAUGAGCUUUGAAGAAACAUUUAGUGAAAUAAAGCUUUCAUCACAGGAUUAAUGGGAGCACCAGUUGAACUUUGUACUAACAACAUUUUGAAUAACAGUUUGAAUAAAGCUCAGGUGUUGAAGAUACUCACUGAUUGAAUGGUUGUUUUCAGCUCUGCUCCCAGUCUUUACUGGUGAAGAUAGGUGUGACUGGAUCUAUAGACAGAGAGACAGAAAAGCAUGCUGAAUAUUUGAAGCUUUGCAGUAGAAAUGUUUAUAUUUUAAAUACCACAGAGCUGAUGUGGGAUCAGUGUGUUCACACCUGCAGAUACAAGGUUUCAUGUCUUCACACGUCAACAUUUGAACAUUACUCUGACUUAGACUCAGUCUGAGCAGCCAGACAACAUAUUUUCACACAUCAAUACACACAGAGAUGAGCCCCUCCCACCUGUCCUGCUCCAGGUGGAGUCCCACCUCCUUACAGGAAGCAGCUCACCUGUGUGUCUGUGUUUAGUGUCCAGGUGUGGAGUGGAGCUUGUUGUUCGUGUGU